ACCCAUCAUCACCCCUCCCUGAGACAAUGUCUAUGUUUGAGGACGUCACCCGUGCCCUGAUUAAACAGCUGAACCCUGGAGGGGAUCUGACACCCCUAACCAGUCUCAUCGACUUCAAACGCUUCCAUCUUUUUUGCCUUUUGCUGAGGAAGAGAAAGAGCACAGUGUUCUGGGGAGCCCGCUAUGUCCGCACCGACUACACUCUCCUGGAUGUGUUGGAGCCGGGCAGCUCCCCCUCAGAUCCAACACUCCUUGCCAAUUUUAGCUUUAGGAAUAUGCUGGAUGCCAGAGUAGAGGGAGAUGUGGAAGUGCCAAAGACAGUGAAGGUAAAGGGGGCUGCAGGCAUGUCACAAAGCAGCACACUGGAGGUGCAGACACUCAUUGUGGAUCCCACAACUCUGGAGAACCUGAACAAAGAGAGGAAACUGUCAGCAGACCACCCGUUCCUGAAGGAGAUGCGGGAAUACAAGCAGAACCUGUAUGUGGUGAUGGAGGUGGUGGAAGCCAAGCAGGAAGUCACUUUGGAGCGAACUAGCAAUGCAAAUGCCAUCUUCUCUCUCCCCAGCUUUGCCCCACUGGGACUACAGGGAUCUAUGAACCACAAGGAGGCUGUAACCAUCCCCAAGGGCUGCGUCCUGGCCUAUCGAGUGAGACAACUGAUGGUCUAUGGAGAAGAUGAAUGGGGCAUUCCACACAUUUACACUGACAACAAGCCUACCUUUAUCCCCCUGUGUGUGCCUCAAAGACAAGGCCUUACUGUCUGGAAGUUAUCUGGGGAGAUGCACGAAGACUUUAAGACAUUAAAGGAAGAGGUUCAGCGAGAGACUCAAGCAGUGGAGAAGCUGAGUCCAGUGGGGCGAAGCUCCCUACUCACUUCCCUCAGCCAUCUCUUAGGAAAGAAAGAAGAGCUCCAGGACCUUGAGCAGACGCUUGAAGGGGCUCUAGACAAGGGACAGGAAGUGACCCUGGAAACACUCCCCAAAGAUGUCCUGCUGUCAAAGGAAGCUAUGGACGCCAUCCUCUACUUCCUUGGGGCUCUGACAGAGCUAAGUGAAGAACAACUGAAGAUUCUAGUAAAAUCUUUGGAGAAAAAGAUACUCGCAGUGCAACUGAAGCUGGUUGAAAGCAUCUUGGAGAAGAACUUCCUGCAAGAUAAAGAGGGUGUUUUCCCCCUGCAGCCUGAUCUGCUCUCCUCCGUCAGGGAGGAGGAAUUGAUUCUAACAGAAGCACUGGUGGGACUAAGUGGCCUGGAAGUCCAGAGAUCAGGUCCCCAGUACACGUGGGAUCCAGCCACUCGCCCCCACCUUUGUGCCCUCUAUGCUGGUGUCUCCCUCCUUCACCUGCUAAGCAAGGAUUCCUAAUGCACCUUCUCUGCCUGCUUCCCUAAUGCCUUCCUGGCCUUACUAUGCUC